AAUAUAAGACAGAACAUAUAUAAAUGAAGCAAGAAUAUUGGACGGGAUUUAUUACCAUGAUGGCGCACAAAUACUGCGAGCUGAACGGUACGUGGUUCCGACAUCCCGAAUCUAAUCAAAUAUGGAGCAAUUACACGACUUGUGUAAAUCUACAGGAUCUGAGGUGGCAGCAAAGUAUAAAUGGAAUCUACGAGGCGGGAUACGCGAUAUCCUUGGUAGCUCUAUUGCUUUCCUUAGGAAUUCUCACGUACUUCCGAUCUCUCAGAUGCGCACGGAUUACGCUGCAUAUGAAUCUAUUCAUCUCGUUUGCGUUCAACAAUGCCUUAUGGCUGGUCUGGUACAGGUUCAUAGUAGCGAAUACGGAUCUACUACUUAAUAAUGGCAUAUCAUGUCGCGUUCUGCACGUAGUCCUUCAUUACUUUCUAUUAACAAACUACGCUUGGAUGCUCUGCGAAGGCUUCUACCUGCACACGUUGCUAGUGAGUGCAUUCACUAGCGAGCACAAAUUAGUGAAUUGGCUGAUGGGACUCGGGUGGCCAGUGCCAGCUGUAAUCGUCACCUUAUACACAGCAUUACGUGCAUCCAGCGACGACCCUGCGGACACCGAGCAGUGCUGGAUCAACGAGGGCAACUAUAUGAACACGCUGAUUUAUCCCGUAUGCGUUUCCACCUUGUUGAAUCUGCUUUUCCUGUUUAAUAUCGUGAGGGUACUUCUCACGAAGUUACGUGCCGGUCCCGCCAUUGGAACGCGCCCUUCACGAUCUAUGCUGCAAGCUUUCAGGGCCACGUUACUUUUAGUGCCUCUCUUGGGCCUUCACUAUUUAGUAAUUCCGUUUCGGCCACCAAAGGACCAUCCUUGGGAGAAAUUUUACGAAGUCCUUUCCGCAAUCACAGCUUCUUUUCAGGGUCUCUGUGUGGCUGUGCUUUUCUGCUUUUGCAAUGGCGAGGUAAUAGCACAGUUCAAGAGAAAGUGGGAUGGCAACGCCUUUUUGCGAAAACGAGCCACUUCCUGCACGGCCACAACAGUCUCGGUCCGAUGGCGGGAGAGGAGAAGGUGUGACUAUCAGCCGGCAGCGUCGGCGGUGCCGAAGGACGACGACUGUAAUAAGCGAUUGUCGAGCGAGGAUCAGCAGCUGCAGCAGCAGACUGUGCAGAUGAUCGCCACGGGUCGGCCAGGUAAUCAUGGCAACAACAAUCACACGCGGGUCCUCAUCAAACGCGGUGCCGGCGGCGGCGGCGGCGAUGGCGACGGCGACGGCGACGGCGACGAUACUUCCCACGAUGAGUGCGAUCAGACGCAGUGUUGAUGACGACCGACCGGAUCAGCACCGGGGAUGAUCGCGCUAUGGGACCACAUAGAAAAUCACUUCUCCCUCAUCCCGAAGAUAGGCACCUCUUCGCGAGAUGGGCGAGAAAUCGGAGUCGGCGGAAUUUAUCACGUCGCGAUUCGCGAUUCACGAAUGUGUGACGAGUUACGGGUUAAUAACGGUAAACCGGUGCAAAUCAGAAGAUAUAGCGUAUCUUAUCUUCUACGUGUAAUAUAAUCAUUCGUCAAGAGAACGCCUUCCUUUUGUCAUUAUGUAUACGUACGGUUCUCUUUGGUAUACUGCAGAAGGAAAAGCAAUGUAACGGAAUGAUUUAAAUUCGCAUCGAAUAUUCGCACGAAACCUUUUAUUUUUUAUCUUUAAAAAAAAAGAUUUGUACUACUGCUUCGCUCCACCGCUCAAUAUCAAACGGAGCUACAAAAAGACGCGAUCAAAGAUAUUUUAUAAUACUCGUGGGCAUAAAAGUCUAAGUCCUAAAAAAUUUACCAAUAAUGAGACCCCGAACUCUAAAAGCUCCAUGAUUAUUUUUUUAAGGAAAAAAUAGUGAUAUGUUGCGAAGAGAGAGGUGGAACGCUUUUUUAACAGAUUUUGAUUUUUAUGUAACGUGAAUCUCGUCUAUAACGAAACAGAUAGAAAUGUGCAUAGUUACAAUUUGUAUUAAUUUGAUGAAGAAGAAAAAUCAUAUCGGUGAUCAUACGAUCGUCGCUUUUAUACUAGUGAAGAGUUAUUCUUUGUCCGUGCAAUGUUUAAAAGUGAUCUAUUAGCGUUAGGGUUUCUGGCCAAUCGUUUCGCACUAAAUGUGAUGUAAUUUGUUUGUAUAUGUAUAUUUCAACAUCUAUGUAAUGUUAUAUAGGUAUAUUGAUCGACUGUAUGCUGAAACUCAUUGUUCGCGACACAUUGCAAUUCUAAUAAAAGAAGUUUGUAAUUAUAAUAAAUGUCGAUACCAUACAUACUAGUCUUAACUGUGCGUAAAUAGAUAUAUCUGUCAUAAAAUAGAUCGCAAAACUGUAAAAAUCAUGAAUAAAACAAAUUAAAUUUUCGAGAAUAAGUUUAUAGAUUAAGGACGAAGAAAUUUCGUGAAACUUAAAAGAAGAGUUCGAUUAAAGCAAUUGCAAAAGGAUUUCGAGAAUUUUCAGGAAUCUCGAAAUCUAAAAAAUCCUAAAUUUAGGUACGCGUAUAGCGUUUAAAGAUGUUUUCCGAACUUUAAACUUUUCUUCGACGAAAAUGACAAUGGCCAAAGAAGGCUUAUUUUGUUCGUAUAUAAUUGUAAUAUCGUACAAUCAUUUUGUUACGUGUGUGUGUGUAUAUAUAUAUACAUAUACAAAAUUCUAUGUAAUGUGUCGAUUAUUUAUAAACAGUUCUAUAAAAAGUAAAAUGUGAAUAUUAUAUACAUAUAGCGUGUAUAAUCUUGAUGAUUGUAAGAAAUUCAUAUCUCUGCAAGCGAAACAAAUCUCAAGAAAAAUGUUUAAAAAAUUUAAUAUAUUUUGCGAAAGGACACAAAUAAACUAACCAAUCUCGAUUUAA